GACAACGUGUCUCCCUACAUCCUCAGCGGCUGCCUGCCAGCAUUGAUAGCCAACAGGAUCUCCAACGUUUUUAACUUCUCGGGGCCGAGCAUUGUGGUGGACACUGCAUGCUCCAGCAGCCACCACGCUUUUGACUACGCCUACAGGUGUCUCCGGGAUGGAAUCAUCGAUACAGCCAUAGUAGGUGGACUCAUGCUUGAUGGCGAUCCUCUGCCCUUUCUGCAGUACGUCAAAUCCGGUUUUCUAAGUCCAGAUAGACAGUGUAAAUCAUUCGACGCCUCUGGAAACGGAUUUACAAAAGCGGAAGGCGGAGCUAUAUUUGUGCUUCAAAGGCGGCAAAACUGUAAGCGAUGCUACGCAACGAUGGUUCACAGUUUAAUUAACAAUGAUGGCAAAAGUGUCAAUGGCUUCCUAGCUCCAGAUGGUCAACGCCACCACGAGCUUAUCAGGAAUUGUUAUGCCCAGGCUGAAAUUGAUCCCCUGAAGGUGGUUUACUUAGAAACUCAUGGCACCGGAACUGUAGCGGGCGAUCCAGAGGAAAUCUUGGGCCUGACCACCAACGACUUGAUGACCAGAGGCCGAAAGGGUCCAUUACUAAUUGGUUCUGUAAAGAGUAAUUGUGGCCAUGCCGAAUGGUCUUCAGGCUUAAUUUCUAUGGCCAAGGUCAUCCUGUCCAUCAAAUAUGGAACAAUCCCAGGGAAUCUUCAUUUUAACUCUCCAAACCCUAAAAUUAAACCUUUGCUGGAUGGCAGGGUUAAAGUAUUGAGUGAAAACACACCGUAUGAACCAGGCUAUGUCGGCAUCAACUCUUUUGGACUCGGAGGAUCCAAUGGACACAUUAUACUCGGCCCACCUGAAACAAUAAACACACCUCUAAGUGCGGAAGGACAAGGCCCAAGGCUAUUCACCUACGGAGGUCGAACCGAGGACGGAGCUCGAAAGAUGCUGGAGUUUGCCCAGAAGAACAGUCACUGCAUUGAGCUCCAGGCUCUCCUGGCGCCAUCUUCCAACAUGGACAGUCGUAAGAUGCCGUACAGGGCGUACGUGGUGCUCAAUGACGUCAUCAGCAGUCAGGAAAUUCAGAAAACCCACAGCAGGCCCCCAGUUUGCUUCGUAUUUCCUGGAGCCGGCUGUAACUGGACAAACAUGCAUCAAGGCAUGAUGAGGCUACCACUUUUCAAAGAGACAGUUGACCGGGCGUCCAAAUACGCUAAAGAGAAACAUGGUAUCGAGAUCUUUCCUGCUAAUCCCGGAGAUCCAACUCUUGCCUUGUUACAGAUUGCCGUGAUACAGAUUGCGCUGGUUGAUAUUCUGAAAGCUGUUGGGAUAGAAGGCGACUAUUUCUUUGGCCAUUCCAACGGUGAAGUGGCCUGUGGCUACGCCACUGGCUGUCUUACCCUCGAACAAGCUGUGUCGCUAGCCUAUGCCAGAAGUCUGGUCUCAGUUGAAGGCAGAAAAAUCUUGAAAAGGGGCAAAAUGGCUGCCGUUGGUCUGUCUUGGGAAGAGUGCACCAAACGAUGUCCCCCUGGCGUCAUACCUGCUUGUCACAAUGCUGCAGACUCUGUCACCAUCUCGGGAGAGGCGGAUCGAGUUACCAAAUUCGUAGAGCAGCUGGUGUCCGAAGGAGUCUUUGCUCGCGAAGUGGACAGUCAAGGGACAGCAUACCACACUCCGGAAAUAAGUCAAUUGGACGCAUUUCAGGAAGAAAUAUUAUCCCCUAUAAUUCCAAACGCCAAGAAACGGCCAGCUAACUGGUGGAGUACAUCGUUCCCUGAAUCCGAGUGGGGCAGACCUGAGGCCCGGGAUUGCUCAGUUCAGUAUUACACCCACAAUUCUAAGAAUCCGGUAUACUUUCACGAAGCAGUUCUCAAAAUCCCCAAGGGAUCUCUAGUUAUUGAAAUCGGACCCCACGGUCUGUUGAUGCCCGUUGUGAAAAGAACCUGUGGAGAGAGUAUCAUACCAGUGACCUUGAUGAGGAGAAAUGAAGCCAACAAUGUCAGCUUUUGUUUAUCUGCCCUUGGCAAAUGCUAUCUUCAUGGUAUUGAUAUCAACCCACUAGCUCUACACUCUCCUGUUCAAUUUCCGGUUCCGCUCAGCACUCCUAUAAUAUCACCUGCCUUGGCUAAGAUCUGGGAUCACUCCGCCAAGUGGAGAGUGCCGCACUACACCCAGUACUUAAAAAGUGAGGACGCGACAAAUUUUCUCAUUCAUCUUGAGAGUGGAGCUGAGUUUGAAUAUCUAACGGAUCAUAGGUUCAAUGAUGAACCAAUGUUACCAGCAUCUGCUUGUUUAGUCAUGGCGUGGAAGGCCUAUGCCAAAAAAGUUGGGAAGUCUUUUGAUUCUUUCUCAGUCCAGUUGAGUGAUGUCACAUUUUCUCAGCAGCCGAUCGUACUAGCAAAGGGAGUAAAUAAAGCUCCUACGACCUUCAAAGUUCAAGUGUCAAAACAGUCAGGGCAGUUUGAGGUCAGCCAGGAAGGCGAAGGUCUCAUUUGUCAAGGUGUUAUCAAGAGCAGGCUAGAAAGACAUGCUGAUGUCGUCUCGGACAGCGUUGACGCAAGAGCCAAACCGCAGAAUGUUGGAACCGCUGUGAUGAACAAGUCUGAUUUCUAUACUUUCUGGAGGACCCAAGGCUACGAACACACUGGUCGAUUCGAAGGCGUAAUAGAAGCCAGCUUGGACUUUUCACAAUUUUCACUUGAAUGGAACGGAAACUGGAUCCUUUUCCUAGACUACAUCAUGCAGACGACAAUGUCAAAGAAGUCUCAGGGAAAGAGAUGUUUGCCUUAUAAGUUGAAGUCACUGGAAAUUGAUGCAGUAUCUCUACCAGUUGUUACAUCAUCCCCUAUCAACCUGAAGACCACAGUUCAGGGUGAACUAACUGAAUGUACUGGUGUUAGACUUAGUGAGCUCAAAGUAUACGAGUUGACUCAGACUAGUCCGGUCAACAGUUCAAUGGACAUCACUACAUUCAUGCCUUAUACAGAGACUCCUGAAGGCAUGUUUGACGAGUCCUUAAAAAGCUACUCUGAGGACUGUCUAGGUUACAUUUUACACCAGCUAAAGAACGUCUCACACACUUUGCUGAGUCGUUGGUUUAGCAGGAAAGUUGUGGAAGAACUCUCUAUUGCCAAAAGUCACAAAACAUCUGAGUCUCUUGAUCACUACCUUCAUUCUGAAGACUGCGUUCUUGCUCGAUAUCUCAAAAAUGUGUUUACCUGUUGUAGAGACAAAAAUGAAACCAAAAUGGCAGAAAUUUUUACUGAACUUGAAACUACUUUAUUCAAAGAUCGCUUGUUUUCUAGUAUGAAUUCAGAUCAGAUAUUAAAACCUUGUUUGGACAUUAUCAUGGACAAUCUUAAUGUCUACUCAAUGUCCAUAUUUGAAAUUGAUGGGCGUCGUACUAGAGUAUUUCCAAGAAUAAUAAAUCUGCUAAAGCAUGAGCCUAAAUGUGCAUUCUCUUACUCGAUAGGAGCAGCAAGAGUGAUUCAUGACAAGGAAGCAGCCGAGUUGGGUGUCCAGGAAGUUAUUUGGGAUUUCGGUUCCAGCAAUUCUGUGGUUAAAACAAACUCUUGUCAUCUUGUAAUAGCAAGGAACACAUUGCACAAACAGAAGGAUCCAAAAGAAGCUUUGCUUCAAGCCAAAGAUCUAGUCUUUCAAGAAGGCUUCCUGCUUGUGGAAGAAAUCACUGAUGCUUUCCCUCUGGGAUACAUGAUUGAUGGGUUUAAAUCGAAGUUCGAGGAUGCUCAGGUCAAUGGAAGACAUCUUGGAGUCUUUCUUGACGACAAACAAUGGCAGGACCUCUUUAAAUCUUGCAACUUAGAAUUGAUUUAUAAAAAGGCAAAUAACAUCAUGUCUACUAUUUACCUUCUAAGAAAAAUGACACCCAACAUACAAAGACCUAUUUUAAUUGCCAUGGAACACACUUCAAUGACCUGGUUGAAUCAACUGAAAUCUGCUCUGCAGGAAAUUGAACAAUCUGCAGAGGGGACAAAGAUCUGGCUGGUUGCGUCUGAUCAGAGUGGGGUUAGUGGCUUCACGAAGAGUUUGAAAAGCGAAGGGUAUGGCAGACAUGUCAGGUAUAUAUUGGUGAGUAACAUGCGCUCUGGGUCGCCUGUGCCAGAGCUGACUAAAGACUGCGAAGCGAUGACAAAUUUAAUAAAGAAAGAUUUGCAUUCCAACGUGUACAGAGAUGGUCAGUGGGGCACGUUCUCGCUUCUUCCAUAUACACCAAAGCAUUAUAGAAUCCAAACAAAUCACGCAUUUUUACUCAAGCCAGCAUCUGGGACACCACAGACAAUAGAUUGGGUGGACAGUUCCCUAUUGAAGGACACACACGUGACGCCCCUGACCACUUAUUGCAUUGGAUUAGAGAAUGAAGAGUUUGAACAGAAUGUGAAAGAUGGAUCCAAGACGCAGUAUGUUGACGUCAUGGGAUUUGAUGUCUCCGGUCGACUUGAAGAUGGAAGACGAGUCAUGGCCUGCGUGACCUCAGCAGCACAAACUCAACUGGACAUUUCUAAAGGAAUUUCACUACAUAUACCUGACCACUGGUCAUUCGAAGAAGCUGCCACUGUGCCCAUGAGCUACAGCAGAGCAUAUUAUAGUCUUGGUUUGGUGACUGACCUGGUCAAGGGGGACAACGUACUUGUGGCUAACGCAGGACAUCCUAUUGGUCAGGCUGUCUUGACCCUGACAUUGGCAAGUGGCUACUCUACUUUUGCUUUAGUAGAUGACUCCAAAGAAAAAUCUUAUGUGUGCAAUUUAUUUCCGCAACUUGAUCCACAAAGAGUUGUAUGCGCCAAGGAUCCAGAUCAUGUACAGCAAUUAAUCGCUGUUACAGAGAAUAGAGGCCUUGCUGUGAUAUUCAAUGCGUAUACAGACAGGACUCCAUCAGACGUAGUGGAACUGUUGGCCCGAGGCGGACAUUUUGUUCAAGUGCGACCUACAUCUUUGAAAUCUCGGCUAAUUCGUUGUGCAAGUGAAAAAAUGGCUUCCGUCAGCAUAGCAGACUUACACAGAGUGCUGAACAGCGCAGACGAGAAGUCUCUACAAAUCAAAAAGGGAAUAGCUGAUCGUAUAAUGGAGGGAAUAUCAAAGGGUAUCGUCAAGCCUUUGGAUCACAUUGUUUAUAAAACGGACGAGGUUGAAACAGUGAUCCGUGAUGUUGCCAACAAACUUCACAAUAAAAAGAUUAUCAUUAAGGUGCAAGAUGGCAGACCGGAAGCCCUUUUGACCAAACCAAAACUGCCUCAAGUAUCUGCCAGAAAAAGAGCCCUCUGCCAUCCAAAACGAUCGUAUGUUAUCAUUGGUGGCCUUGGAGGAUUUGGCCUUGAACUAGCGCACUGGUUAGUGAAAAGAGGGUGUCGCUAUGUUGUGCUUUCUUCAAGACGUGGUUUAACAACUGGCUAUCAGCAGUACAAGGUCAAUCUUUUAAGAUCUCUUGGUGUCACAGUUCUGACCAGUACAGAAGCUUCAGUUUCAUUGAAAAGUGCCUCAGCCUUAUUAGCUCAAGCCUCCAAUUUGGCUCCACUUGGAGGAAUCUUCAACGCCUCCAUGGUGAAUUCAGAUGAGAUGUUUGACAAAAUGACCAAUGAAUUAUUCCAAGCAGCUUGUGAACCAAAGGUCAAUGCCACGUCUCACUUUGACCAGCUGACCAGAGAGCUGUGCAAGGACACCAGCGUAUGGUUUGUCACAUUCUCCUCGCAGACCAGUGCCAGGGGCAAUCCAGCGCAGACGAACUACGCCUAUGCGAACUCCUUCAUGGAGAGGGUAUGUGAGAAAAGAGUUGCUGAUGGGCUACACGGACUUGCAAUCCAGUGGGGUUGGAUUGGUAGUGUGGGCACUGUGGUGAAGAGAUUAGAAGAAGGAGAUUUCAGCACACAGUACAUCUCACAGUACCUGCCCCAAAGUUUGGACUCUUGCUUUGACUGCAUGGAGCAAGCGUUGGUCUGUGGCCAUCCAGUGGUGGGAGUGUUUGUGAAAAACACGCUGCAGACCAGUCACGUGAACAAGGACAAUGACACAGUUAAACAAUCCAUCUUGGACCAAGUUGUGAAAAUACUGGCUCUCAAGGACCCAGACUCACUGACAGACUCCAUUACGCUUCAGGAUGUCGGCAUAGAUUCCAUCAUGACAUCAGAAGUCAAGCAGCUGCUGGAGAAGUCGGUCAACGUCUCACUCAGCAACAAGGAAGUCAAGACACUGACGUUUCAGAAACUUCGAGAAAUGGAUGCCUCCAGAUGAACGCACGUCAAGAAUGCAAUGACGUAUGACUGCACCAUUGUUAGGUAAACAAAAGCUACUUGGGCUCAUGAAAAGAAGCCUCCACAGAUCCGAAUCACAAUAAUCUAAAUCUACAUGUCAACUUUCUGAGCUUAUUUAUUUGUUUUGUGUCAUCACAGCCAGAUGUUCUUGUUUUUAUUUUUUAAACUCUGUUUCUCAUAUAAAUAAUCAGAAGAUCAUAAAGUUUUUUUUAACGAAAUUCAUUGAACUAUUCAAAUAUUAUUUACUUGUUAUCUUACUCAAAUUCACCAUAGAAAUAAAAAUUAGUGACAUGUGAAAUCAGAAGUUACCGUACCUAUAGAAAACUCACUUAUAUUAAACCAACUUAGCAAUUAUGCGUUAUUUUUCAUUUUUUCUUUUAAAAAAAUCCAAAGACUUUUCAUAUUCUGAUAUAGAUUUAUGUUAAUCUGAAAGCUGGAUUAGUUUGUAUAUAUUUUUGUGUGGUCCAGGCUGACACAUCGAUUUGAUGUGUAUGUUCAAUUUCAAAGUACGAAUGCAUAAAGGGAUCACGGAACGGUGUUCGUUUGUUUUUUUUAUAACAGAUUCAGAACAAAUAAUAUCGUUGUAAAGGGACGAAAUUCAUUAUUUCAUAAAACCACACAUCAGAUAGUCCAGUUUGAUCAACUUUAAACUAAUUUAUGUUUACUUAAAAUGAAAAAAAAAGGCUUUCUUUUUUUAUGUUUUAAACUGGACAGUAGUUUUAUAUACGAUGAAUUAUAAAAAUUAUUUCAAAUUGUCCGGUGUGCUACUAAUUUUGUAACUGAAACAAUUUUAUUAACAAUAGCACUCUGCGACACAAAACUGGUAUACAUCACUAUGCAUAUUUAUGACUGUGAAGUAAAGGUCCAUCUUGCGCUCACUUAGGUCCCUACUACCCGUAACCAGGAUAUAUUGCCUCUCCAGAGGCCCCCAUCAACUAGGUACAAGAUAAUCAUGCUAUCACGUCUGCUGUCAACGUUACGAGUUCCUCUCCUAAUUCAAAGACCGGAGGGUUACCCAUUUAGUGUUUUUUUGAAGACGUUAUAUAUAUAUAUAUAUAUAUAUAUAUAAUGUAGUAACUCCAGUGGCGGAAAGGGUUAAUGUGUGCGCGGCCUACUGAUACACACGACUCAGGCCAAUCACAUGGGUCAACGGCUGUCGAUAGACAAGUAUGACCCGUGUUGUGGUCAUGUGAUCGAGAGCCUUCACGGCCUAGAGACAGUGUGUUAGAAAGGGCAGUUGAGUCCAGGACAGCAAGGCAGUAAGGACUGUGCGGUACAUUGGGAGUCCUCGAGAGUGUAGCUGUACGAACUAGAGAGACCUGUAAUGUUAAGUUAGGCAGUUCUGUUGUGUACAAGAAAAGCUUUUGAAGUUGGUAUAGCCAAUUGUGUGUUGAAUUGGCUUCGAUGUAUUAGUAAUAAAAACGCCACAUUGUUUAUUGAA